AUGCAGCGUGUCUCGCCGAAGCUGGCGGCGGAUCUGGAAAACCGCGCCGCGUUUUUGGUGCAGCUGCGGUCGCUGCUCACGCAGGCCAAAAACAUUGUGAAGGGGAACCAGAAGGGCAGGCAGCAGGACCUGCAGCUGGGCCUGGAGGCGUGGGUGCGUGAGGUGGGCGAGGUGGGGGCGCCGCGCCCUUCCAUUUGCAGCCCCGCCCUCGACGCCUCCGCCGCACCAUCGCACGAACAAGACCCGCCUCCGUCAAACUCGCUGGACGUGGACGGGGUGAUCGACGGCGGGAGCAGAAACAGUAGCAGCGGCAGAAGCCCGGUCACUCUGCCGCGGGCGGCUUCCGCGUCGACGUCGGGCACGGCAGUUGCGACCACUCGAUCGCCUCGUGGGGAUGCGCUCUCCUCCUUCACGGUGGACAUGGGGAGCAGCGGGAGCAACAUGGUGCUUCGCGGCUCGGGAAGCAGCGCGUUUGCGUUGUCCAGCGAUUUUGAGUCGCGAAACCUAGAGGAUUUCGCGGAGUUUCUUGGCAUGCUCUUCUCUAGCGGUCUGCAGGAAAUCGUGAAGCUGCGCAGCAUAGGACGUAACGCAGCACGUCUCGUCAUGGUUCGCUGCUUUUCUAUCAUUACUUGUGCCCUUCAACAGGUCCUGCGUCAAGUCUAUGGCGAAACGCAGGAGGCAGUGGAAUUGACUCCAAAGUCAAACGGGGAGGAUAACGGACUUCCAUCUGCGUCAUUUUUUAUACAUCUUUCGCGUGACAUUCGGAUUGCUACCAACGCGGUGAUGAAGUGCCUUGAGCUGUUGACGGCUCCCACGGACGCCCUUUCGAUGCGGUUUGCGGCGCAGGUUUGCGUGGAUGUUCUAAAGCAGCUCCGUCAGUGUGUUACCCUCUUCGUGUAUCGGUCCCUGCGCGGGGAGCUGCGUCAUCUGCGCGCGCUGGGGGCCGAUGACAGGGACCCCGAUGCGCCGCCUCUGGACGCGGCAAAGAUUCAGCAAGGAGCUCAGCGGCGGGCACAUGAACUAUGGCUUCGCCUGGGGCCCUCUUUGCUCGCCAGCAUCGAGCACCUCAUGAGUCUUGUCCGUCCCAGUGUGCGAUACCUGUUGUCGGUUGCCGCGGUGAAGGAGGCCGUGUCCUCGCCGGAGGAACGGGGCCUCAAGAGCGACGUGUGCACAAACGUCUUUGCUUUGGCGCAGUGGGUGACACCUACGUCGUUGUUGAAGCAACGGAGGCGGCAGCCGUCAUCGGGGGACAACGCUGGGAGGGAACGGGUGCCGGAGGUCGCCCCGGAACGCUCCCUUUACACCGGCCUCCUGCGGUCGGAGCCGUUUCCGGACUGUGACGGUGCGGAAAUCACGCACCCACUUUCUUACCACGCAGCCUGCUGCGUCGUGGACGCGGUGUUUCCCGUGGCAUUUUCGCCCGAGUUCACUGCGUGCGUCGCGGAGCAUUGCGGGGACCAGAAUGAAGGGCAACUUGUGGCCGUGCGGGUCCUGAACGACACUGUGAAGGGUUUGAUGGACGCAGACAUGGAGGAGUUUCGGCACGUGCUUGGGUGCUCUGCCUGGAGGAAGCGCAUAGCGGAAGGCAUCCUGAAUUGCCUCGUGGCGCUGGAGCCGGCGGUGUUGGAGGCCGGCCUCGAGACGCUGCAGCGGAUCACGGCGGGGUGCCCCGAGUGCCUUGGCUCGGAGGUGGGGUUUGUGUACACAAGCGGGGUCUUUGGGCUGCUGGAGUCGGACAGCACCCCGCACGGGAUGCGUCGGCUGCUCCUUCGACACGUCAUCAGCACCUUCUUCGCCCCCGCGGGCGACGCCGGGCGGCCAUCGCUGCUGCUGCGCCUUUACCAGCGCUUUGACCUGAACGUCCGCUGGCACCAACUGAAUGUUGUACAGCAGGCCUUUGCGACGCUUUCGAAGGCGGUGCGCUGCGCCGCCCCAGAGGACUUCACCGACGAAAAGGACACGAGAAGCGGCGGCCAGGAACCAGCCGCGCCGCGGAAGAGCCUUCCAUUUAUCGCCCUCCAAGGGCUUUCGCUGGCGGUGGAACUGCUCUCGACGCACAUCCCGCAGGACGGUGGUGCCGCGGGCGGCAGGGUCUACGCGAGACUGCCAAACCGCGACAAGAAGCUGGAGGAGCAGCGGGCGGUUGACGUCUUCAACAGCUCUCCCGUGAAGGGGAUAAAAAAGUUGUUCGACGUCGCCGAUGACGAAAUGCACCCAGUCGGGUACAAGAACAUGGCUGAGAAGAAUUGGGCGCAUCAGCACAUCCCACCACCGGCCUCCGCCGCGACGGACGAAAAAGUACAUCGCAUAGCGCAAUUUCUGAUGGAGACGCCCUCGCUAAAUCCGGAGUCGGUUGCGGAGUUUCUCUCAUCCCCGGCGGUGCUUCCGUUGCAGGUGUGUCGGGUCUUUAUGGAGUCCUUGCCGGUUGCCGGUAGAAGCCUCGUGGGGGCAAUGCGGAAGCUAUUCAACCUGCUGCAGCUGCCGAAGGAGGGACAGCGCAUUGAACGGCUGCUUGAGUUUUUCUGCAGCGCGUACUUUAAGCUGAACUCAGUUGAGGGUGUGGAUGCCGAGACAUUUCCGUUUGAAUCCGAAAACGCGUGCUUUAUUGCGGGCGUUGCUGUAAUUAUGCUAAACACAAACCUGCACAAUCCGCACGUCGCGUCCGCGAAAAUGACAGAUUCCAGCUUCUACGCCCAACUGCGGGGGUGCAACGAGGGGAAGGAUUUUCCGGAGCAUUUCAUAAAGAACAUCUUUCAUGAGGUGCACCUGCACUCGCUCUCCAGCAUGAAGGGGUUCUGGUCGGCAGGAAUGAGUAGCGGGGUGCGGUACGCAGCGGUGCCGUUUCCGGGUAAAAUGGACUCCAUCUUUUUUUCUCUUGAAGAGCGCCGCGAAUUGGCGUUUGGCGUCGUGCGGCAGCGCCUUCUCAGCGAGACCCGUGAGUUGGUCUACCGCCACAGUAGUAGCGACACCAACUUGGAGGAGACGACAUCGACGUGUUGGUGCUGCGUCGCGCAAGAUUUGUUUCUCAGCGCAUGGCCCUCACUCUGCGCCGUCUUUGGCGUUGCUGUGCAUGGAGCCAAAGUGCCAGAGGAGGCCUUGAUGCUCUGCGUGAUGGGCCUCCGGAGCAGUUUCCUCGUGGCUGCCGCCUUUGGCCUGCAGACGGAGUGUGGCGUGUCGCAGCUGGCGCUGCUGCGCAUGGCUUCAUAUGGGCCUAUGCGUGAUGUGUGCCGCAGGAGUGUCCUUGAAGUCGCAGCCUCGCCCCAUAGCGUCUCUUUCUCCGCGACGUGUUGGGUGCCCGUGGUGGAGUUGUUGAUGGAUAUACGAAACCGGCAGCAGACGCUGGUUGUUGAGGCGGAAACGGUGUUUGGCCGCGUGGAAGAGUUCACGCGUGAAUCCUGCGAGGGUGGCCGCGCGGGGACAUCUUCAGUUGCGCCUGUUGCCUUUACCAGGGCUGUGCAAGAGGUGCUGCAGGGCGCCCCCACAGUUCUGCAGGACACUAGCGCCGAUGAUAAGACGCUCUCCGCUGCAUUUUACGUGCUGCGGCGCUUCCUCGGGUACUCGCUCAUCUCGCACGAACAGGAGCCAGGGGAGGUCGUGACGAACUUCAUCAAUGUGCGUGACUUUAGCGGCAUCGUGGCUCCUACGCUCGUCGAUGUCGUGGAGGCGCGGCGUGGAAAGGGCGACGAGUACAUGCGCCUUGUGGUUGAGUUUGUCGUUGAUGUUCUCAACACCGUCUGGAGCUCAUGCAUCUGUGAGGCGCGGUCGGAGAGGGUUGGCUUGCACUCUGAAGUCACCAACUGUUUUUCCUUUUUUGAGAGCUGCUAUGAACGGUGCGGGGCCUCGGCGGAGGUGCGCAUGCACGUGUUGCAGGGUGUGAAGGAGCUCAUCGCUCGCACGCUGCACAAGGUGGGCUCAGCCAGGGGGAGAUCGAUGGGGUUUCCCGCCCACACGCUUUACCUCAUGGCACGGAUAUGGCUGCGGUUGCUGCAGCCCGUCGCGCGCGCCCUGUCUGACAAGGACAGUGUGGGAACAGAGACGUGUAGCCUCGCCGUGCACAUUCUUCGCAAGCUUGUCGUUCUCGGCUGUGGAACUGGAGGCACGAGGGGCGACCUCCAGCUGCGGGAGAGUGUCCGCAAUAUUCUGCUCAUGCUUCUGCUGAACGUGUCGUACGUCGGAGGCAUGUGCAGCGACGUUGACAGCGCGCAGUCGUGUUUGGCACAGUUUUCUACCAUUUGCACCACCGCGCUGAAUCGGGAUGGGGCGACUGCUUCGGAACUAGAGCUGCCGCCCUGCGCUGCUGCAGCUCACGUGGCGGAGUUUGAUUCUCUCGCGGAGCCCAGCGCACUUCUUCUGCAGCGCCUUGUGGAAAGCUUGCAGCGGAGGCCGGACGUGCUCGUCCUCCACUCGCUGGAGCGCAUGAGUCUGCUUCUCUGCUGCCAUGCGCAACAGACGCGAAUAGACGUGAUCACUGCCCUGCGUGCGCUGGUGGUGCAGCUGGAGCCCUCCCAGCUGCUGCACCUCGCCGUGCACCUUUCCGACGCCGUGCUGGAGGCCGCCUUGGGCCACGCGACGCCGGAGUACACGCCGUCCAUGAUGGACCCAAUUUGCGUGAGCCACACCCUCUUUGACCUCGAUACGGCCAUCGCCAUGCGCAGGUGUUCGCCCACCGCCUUCCGUGCCACCCUUUCCCUUGCGCUAAACUUCAUGUCGCAGGAGAUGCUCUCGGAGGCGCCACUCGGGCACGUGGAUGCCCUGGCGGAAAUCGUGCUGAAGCACUGCCUGGUUCCCCUAGUAGUCUCGCCGCGCUCCUCCUUCCAGAUUCGUACCACCGCCGUGCACUUCCUCAUGCACGCCGCCACGCUCUGUGCCACGCGCCAAAGCGUCGAUGGGAGGGAGUCCUGCAACGGCAGCAGCCGCCUCGUCGCUGAGUGUGUCAGUCUGCUUCUGUUUGCGCUGCGUAUUCCAGCGCGGUUCAUAGUCCCUGACGACGCCGACCACGCCGGGCGCCAGUGGGUGCAGGAGGAGAAGUCGGCCGCUCUUGCGGCGUACAUGCGGGCGGCCGCGGCGGCCGUUCAGGCACUGUGGACCGCAGAAGCGUAUGAGGUGACAGGGAGCCGACAAAUUGCGACGCUUGGUGUCACGGAGCGGGUGGACGCCCGCGUGGAGCCCGAGGAACUCACCCAAUUGAUGCGCAGCAGCUGGUUCUCCCCACUGGGGGAGGUGGCGACGGAUGAGCAGCUGGUGGAGUACUGCGCACUGAUGGCGCAGCUGCUCUCGCCGCUGCCAAAGGUCCUGGCCGCUCUCCCUCCCGCCGCCUUGGGGCCGGAGAACGGCACCCCGACACGGCACUCUCCGCAGCAGCAGCAGCAGCAGCAAGAAGGUGACGCAGAAACGCUGGAGAAGCAGCAGCCUGGGUCGGGGGUGUGGACGCCCCCGCCUGCGGACCACAGGCUGCUGAAGGAGUUGGUGCAGGAGGCCGUGGGUGUUUUCUUCGCCGUCCUCUGGCGCGUGAACAACGUGGCGGAGAUGGAGCAGUUUGUGAUGCGGGCAACCCAAAAAGGGCGCGAUGCACCGUCCAUCUCCAAAAGCAACGCCCUGCUUCCCCAUGCCGCCAUCCGGGGAGGACUGAACGCCUUUCUUGCGCUCGCGCUCUGCAUUGACGUCCCAGAACUCCGCGACGUCUUCGGGGAGGUUCUGCGCAUCACGGCGACGGUGCAGACCUCCGCCCUCAGCGUUCGCGAGGCGCAAAAGAUGGUGGAGGGCGCCGCAGAAACGGCGGCGAUGCAGCGUCUUAGCCCGCAGGAGCAGCAGCACAUACGCAGCUGCAACGUGGGGAUGUACCAGGAGCUCUCCUCCGUGGUGGCACACUGGGUGAAGACCAUCCUGCAACAGACCAAUGCCACGACGUCUGUGCUGACGAGCACGCAGCGCGAUCAGCUGCAGGCAGUCGCGGGGAGUCCCGAGGUGUUUCAAGGCCUCGUGCGGCUCUUGGCGAUCACGGCUGGGGCAGUCAUCGUGGCGGUCCGCGACUACUUGGUGUGGUAUAUUUCGGUAUAUGAGCAUGACAAGGAAAAACUAGCGGAGCCGCUUCCGUCCGAGACUUUGCAAGAGCCCCCACAUAAAAAUAUAUGCAGAGAAGAAGGGUGA